GCAGUGAUCAAACUUGGCGCGCUUUUGAGUCAGCUCCCGCUUUUUCGUCUCAAGGCCAAGCAUUUCUGAAGCUGCUUUUGUGAAGUGUGUUUCAAGCAUCAACACUCCUCUCUCUUCCAACUCUGUUAUUUUAUCUAUUUUACUGUUAAAUCCAUCAAAUAUCUUUCAAAAUGUUUGAAGCCAGGCUUGUUCAGUCAUCUAUCCUCAAGAAAGUGCUGGAAGCAAUCAAGGAAUUGCUAAAUGAAGCCACCUUUGACUGUUCGGACUCAGGAAUUCAACUUCAGGCCAUGGACAAUUCUCACGUUAGUUUGGUAUCUUUGAAUUUGCGAAGUGAUGGAUUCGAUAAAUUCAGAUGCGAUCGCAAUCUUUCAAUGGGUAUCAAUUUGGCCAGCAUGUCGAAAAUCAUGAAAUGUGCUGGAAACGAGGAUGUUCUCACAAUGAAGGCCCAAGACAACGCAGACCUUGUGACAUUCAUGUUUGAGUCGCAGAACCAGGAGAAAGUCAUGGACUACGAGAUGAAGCUCAUGAACCUCGACCAGGAACACUUGGGAAUUCCUGAAACCGACUACUCAUGUGUGAUCAAACUCCCUUCGGGUGAGUUCGCGCGAAUUGUUCGCGACCUGAGUCAGUUCGGCGAAUCGGUUGUCAUCUCAUGCACAAAGGAGGGCAUCAAAUUCUCCGCCGGCGGCGAUAUUGGAAACGCGAAUAUCAAGCUGGCACACACUACCAACGUAGACAAGGAUGAAGAUGCAGUGAGCAUUGAGAUGCAAGAACCUGUUUCGCUCACUUUUGCCUGUCGCUAUCUAAACAGCUUUGCUAAGGCCACGCCCCUUUCGCCACAGGUCCAACUGUCGAUGUCAGCCGAUGUACCUCUAGUUGUCGAGUACAAAAUUGGAGACAUUGGUCAUAUUCGCUACUACCUGGCACCAAAGAUUGAAGACGAGGAUAACUGAAGCACUAAAAGUUGCCUUAAAAAUCAAAACACACUUCAUACAUCCUCUAUUAACCAUGUAUUAUAUAUCUAUCUAUGUACAAAAGGCCUACACAGCUUCAAGCUAACCUAUAUACAACAAGUCUCACUACAUUCUGUAUGGACCGCGUAUUCAAAAAGGCUCCACAUGCUAUUAUAAGUAACAUCUCUCACUAUUUUUUUGAUUGGACCGCGUAUUUAGAAUGGACAUACGAGUUAUUGUUGAUUUAUGUUGGUUACAAGUCAAAUAAGUUUACAUUCCAAUCAGACCUUGUAUUCAAAAUGGUCAUAAAAGCUUCGUUUGAUAAAGUUUUAUUUAGUUUCUAGUUUUUAACAAGUCUCUAUACAUUUUGUUUGGUAUUUGAAUCUUAUUUAAAUAAUGUUUCAAUUUACCUACAAGAAUAACGUUACAGCUCAUCUUUAUUUUUAGUCUUUAUUGAUUGAUACAAUCAUAAGUACAUCAUCAAAAUGAUAAGGAAAAAUAAGGUAACCUUGAGCUAUUCCUCUCCACCCAAAUUUAGAUCUUCACUUCACAAAAUUUCACAUUUGGUUGAUAUAAAAAAAUCACAGUAAUUCUCGAUCGGCCAUUGUAUUUUUUUAUGUAUUCCUAAGGCCUUUAUCUAUAAAGGCCCUUUUAUUAUCGGUAUUUCUUCUGAAAAUAGAUGGAGCUCAUUUGAAAUAAAUUCGAUAACUGUUGAGUUAUUGUAUUUUUAUAAGUUGAAUACUUUCUAAUAUUUUAAAUGAAUAAUUUUUGUAUUGUAAUAAAACAUGUGAGACUUUCCAAAAAAAUAUCGUAUUUUGAAGUUUGUGAUAUCAGAAUAAUACUAAGUGUAGGCCUACUUUCAUCCUUGUUUUUCCUAAUAUGUUGAUGGAGUAUUAUAAUUUCCAACUGAAUGUUUGCACUGUUAAGAAAUAUUUUUAUACUCUGUGUAUAACGUGAAUGAUUUCGAUUAAAUUCCAAUUUAUUUGUACUA